ACCCAUUCUCAACACCAAAUUACGCAACUCCUCGCUCCUUCUUCUACUCCGCUGUUCGCUCGUCCUGAAUUCUAGCCCUUCCCUACCGAAAGAACUUUUCAUCUCUGUCUCCACCAAUUUUAUCUUACCAUUUUUUUUCCCUUUUCCACAGUACUGCGUGCUGCCAUUCCUUUUCUCUAUCAGACCCCCGAUAGGCAUCUUCACGCCAUGAGUUCAGCAAGACUAGCCUUCAAUUCGGCCAGACAACGCUCGUUUAUAGCGUCAUCAGCUCGGCGCACUUGCCUUCGAUCGCCACCCGGGUUAUGUUCUCGUAAAGGUCUUCUGCAUUCUCAAAUUGCCCGAUAUCAAUCAGCUAUCAUCAUCCUUGCUUCUCAGAGGCAUCUGAGUACCGAUACAGCAACAACUGGAGUCGGCGGUCCUAUCAUUCCUCCCCCGGGUUUCGACCCCAAAAAAGCCAGCAAGCCAGUUCCCCGUGAGGCAACUAUCGCAAAACCCUCACCGAAACCGGAAACCGUGGUUGCCCCCGACAAUAGUGGUGCCGAAGCCCCCACGUUAGAGAAGGAUCCAAAAACUACACAAACCGAGAACUCGAUUGCUAUCGCUACGGCUAACGAGGGUGGCGUUGAGAAGAAAAAGGAGGAAAAGAAAGCUACUAUUUGGCAGAAGGUUAAGCAUGGCGUGCAACAUUUCUGGGAUGGAACAAAGCUAUUGGGUGCGGAGAUAAAGAUUUCUUCAAACUUGGCUUUGAAGAUGGCUGCGGGGUAUGAGUUGAGUCGUCGUGAACGUCGUCAGCUCGAGCGAACAGUCAAAGAUUUGGGCCGUCUUGUCCCCUUCUCGGUCUUUAUUAUCGUUCCUGCUGGUGAACUCUUCCUGCCGGUCGCUCUUAAAGUCUUUCCCAAUCUUCUACCGAGUACCUACGAAGAUCAGAAGGCGAAGGAUUUGAAGUCUAGCAAGCUCCGAUCCACCAGGCGGGACGUAUCCGAUUUCCUCCGCAAGACUUUGCGGGAGAGUGGUAUCCCGUUCAGUGCCAAGACCAGGCAGCGGGAGGAAUUCACGCAGUUCUUCAAGAAGAUCCGAUCAAGCGGCGAACCCCCCAGCCGGGAAGAUGUCAUCAAAGUUUGUAAGAUCUUCAGGGACGAUGUUACUUUGGACAAUCUUUCAAGGCCCCAGUUGGUCGGAAUGUGCCGAUACAUGAAUCUCAAUACUUUCGGAACCGAUGCUAUGUUACGCUAUAAUAUCAGGCACAAAAUGCGGCAGAUUAAGCGGGACGACCGUGCCAUCUCCUACGAAGGAGUGGAUUCGCUUUCGGUUCCUGAGCUUCAAACUGCGUGCGCUUCCCGUGGUAUCCGCACCCAUGGCGUCAGCCCCGGCCGCCUACGAGAUGAUCUCAACACCUGGCUCGAACUUAGAUUGAAGCACGGUCUUCCGUCUACGUUGUUGGUAUUGUCAAAUGCAUUUAUGUAUGCCCAGGGCAAGGAGAGCGAGAUUGAUUCUCAGUUUGACGCGCUUGUUUCAGUACUCAGCAGCAUUCCCGAGGAGCUCUACCACGAGAUUGAGCUCGAGGUCAACACCCUUGAGGGAGCCGCAACUAAUAAGCAGAGACUUGAAGUAUUGAGGGAGCAGCAAGAGCUCAUUGAGGAAGAGAACGAACAGAGCUCCGAGUCUGCUUCUGAAGCCUCUAAGAAGGCCUCGAAGGAUGAUCAAAAUAUUGACGAGAAGGAGGCGUCCAUUCUUGAUGCCUCCGAGGGCGGGGUCGAAGCCAAAGGACCCCAAAUAGUUACCGAGAAAGUUGCGAGCCCGGAGGGUAAGGGGAAGAAGGAAACUUAA